AUGGGUCCAUCCAACCCAAGGCCUCUGAUUGGGCGAGCAGGAGCUUUCCCUUGUCUUCCCCAGGACUCCUCUCGCCCGGCAGGCAUUCUCAAUCCACCACUUUUGCCAACGACGAUGACGGCGACGACGACAGCAACACCGACACCACAUCAUCCCAACCACGACACACAAAAAGACGCGGCUCCGAAUACAAUUCUCGACAGCGGCUUCCAUCGGCGCGACGAGUCAGGUCCCAGAAAAUUUGCACCUUCCUCAUUUUGCAAUGUUGGUGUCGUGCACUAUCAGGCUUGGCAAUGCCUUGGCGGCGGCUGGGCGUUUUUGUCACCCCCUCGCCAAGAUGAUGCCGAGAGCUGGGCAUGGCUUGUUUCUCGUCCCUGCCUUAUCUUCAAGCCGAAGGUGAGCGAAGAACCGAGUUGGGUGCUCGGUCUGGGCAUCGAUCUCUAUCAGGGCCAGGGCUGUGCUGAUUCUAUGGCGAACAAAACCGAGAAGUUGUUUGUCCAGGUAACCGACUUGGUAAAACAUUAUCCUGCAUUGCAGUGUGCUGUCUUCGCCUUGCUCAGCCAUUGCCUUUUUCGACACCGAGCAAGUAUUCCCAAGCUGAAUGGUUUUGGUGUCGCUGAUGCCCCCAAAUGCCUGGACCCCCAUCUUUCGGCCAAUGGAGUCGUGCCCCUGGUGUAA